CACUACCUGCCCCGGAAGUGCUUGUCGCGUUGCGCGGCAGGGCGUUAAGAUGGCGGCGGCGUGAGUUGCAUGUUAUGUGAAGAUCACGGGGCCGCCGCAUAGCUUGGGCCCCGCAAUGGCCGUCACCAUCACGCUCAAAACGCUGCAGCAGCAGACCUUCAAGAUCCGCAUGGAGCCUGAUGAGACGGUGAAGGUGCUGAAGGAGAAGAUAGAAGCUGAGAAGGGUCGAGAUGCUUUUCCUGUAUCCGGGCAGAAGCUCAUUUAUGCUGGCAAGAUCCUGAGUGACGAUGUCCCCAUCAGGGAAUACAGAAUAGACGAGAAGAACUUCGUGGUUGUCAUGGUGACCAAGGCCAAAGCUGGCCAGGGUACACCAGCACCCUCAGAGGUCUCACCUACUUCUGCCCCAGAGUCUUCCACACCGUUCCCUCCAGCCCCAGCCUCGAGCAUGUCCCAUCCUCCACCUGCCAGCAGAGAGGACAAGAGCCCAUCAGAGGAGUCAGCCAUUACAACAUCUCCAGAGUCCCUGUCAGGCUCUGUUCCCUCUUCAGGUAGCAGCGGGCGAGAGGAAGACGCGGCCUCCACGCUAGUGACAGGCUCUGAGUAUGAAACAAUGCUGACCGAGAUCAUGUCCAUGGGCUAUGAACGGGAACGGGUCGUGGCCGCACUGAGAGCCAGCUACAACAACCCCCACCGAGCUGUGGAGUACUUGCUCACGGGAAUUCCAGGCAGCCCUGAGCCUGAACAUGGUUCUGUCCAGGAGAGCCAGGUGUCGGAGCAGCCAGCCACAGAAGCAGGUGAGAACCCCCUGGAGUUCCUUCGGGACCAGCCCCAGUUCCAGAAUAUGCGGCAGGUGAUUCAGCAGAACCCAGCACUGCUUCCCGCCCUUCUCCAGCAGCUGGGCCAGGAGAACCCUCAGCUUUUGCAGCAAAUUAGCCGACACCAGGAGCAGUUUAUCCAGAUGUUGAACGAACCCCCUGGGGAGCUGGCAGACAUCUCUGAUGUGGAGGGGGAGGUUGGUGCCAUCGGCGAGGAGGCCCCACAGAUGAACUACAUCCAGGUGACACCACAGGAGAAAGAAGCUAUAGAGAGGCUGAAGGCCCUGGGCUUCCCAGAGAGCCUGGUAAUCCAGGCCUACUUCGCAUGUGAAAAAAACGAGAAUUUGGCUGCCAACUUCCUCCUGAGUCAGAACUUUGAUGACGAGUGAUGCCGGGAGCCCAGGCUGCCCACUGCCCCCACCUGACUCCACAAAAGUUUUAU